UGCGUCGCCGUCACGCGCGCGUCGGCCGAGCCGGUGUAGGAGUCGGUCGGCGCCUUCCACUCGGAGAAGCCCGUCCCGCCGCCCACAUGGACGCCGUACGCCGACAACUGGGCCUGGAGGACAGCGUCGUCGGGGGAGGCGACAUGGGCUCCGAGAGGGGUCGCAGUGGCUUCCCACUGGACAUGAACAUGUACGCGACUCGCAAGACCCUGGCCCAGGGCAUGCUCGACUUGGCGCUGCUGUCGUCCAACGCGUGUCAGCUGCGACGCGUGCUGUCGGCACCGCCGGGGCAGCGCUACCACGGCACGUGCGUCGCCUUCCUCGCUCUCUCCAUCUCCUUCCAGCUGCUCGCGGGCCUUCUGCUAGUGCUGCUCGGGAGAUGGAACAUCAACUGUCCCUGGGAGCAGCGCAAGGCUGACCUGUUGAACAAUGUGGUCGUGCUGCUCACCUUCCUCAUCAGCGUCGUAAACGUGCUGCUCUCCGCGUUCGCGCCAGACUCGCUGCUGGGCGACCACGGCGUGCACCACGCGCAGCACGCCGCCGGGGACUGGGUAGCGCAGCGUCACUGAGACCGGUAUUUGCCAUUUGGCGGCUAUGUGCCGUGCUGGCUUUAAACGAACAUUGUAACUAUCUUUCCCGUACACUCGACAAGUAAACAGAAUGGUCGAACUACA